CUCAGACCGCGGCUAGAGCGGCGCCAUCUUGGGCGUGAGUGCGGGCGGCUUGUCGGAGGUGUCUCGGAGCUAGUUCUUCCCGACCUCUGUUCCGUGGGUCGACACCGACGUCCAUUUCGAGCUCUAGGCCGGCUCGAGGGGCACGCGCUGAGAUGAUGCUGAGAGGAAACCUCAAGCAAGUGCGCAUUGAGAAGAACCCGGCGCGCCUCCGCGCUCUGGAGUCGGCGGCCGGAGAGGGGGACCCGGCGGCCCUGGCCCUCGCGCUGCCAGGGGAGCCGCCGGUGCCCGCCGCGCCCGCCGGAGAGGACCGGCCGGCUGACGAGGGCGGUUUCACCAUUGACAUUAAGAGCUUCCUCAAGCCGGGCGAGAAGACGUACACGCAGCGCUGCCGCCUUUUCGUGGGGAACCUGCCCACGGAUAUCACCGAGGACGACUUCAAGCGGUUGUUCGAACGCUAUGGCGAGCCCAGCGAGGUCUUCAUCAACCGCGACCGCGGCUUCGGCUUCAUCCGCCUGGAGUCCAGAACACUGGCUGAAAUUGCAAAAGCAGAGCUGGAUGGCACCAUUUUGAAGAGCAGACCUCUCCGAAUUCGUUUUGCUACACAUGGAGCAGCCCUAACUGUUAAGAACCUUUCUCCGGUGGUUUCCAAUGAGCUACUAGAGCAAGCAUUUUCCCAGUUUGGUCCAGUAGAGAAAGCUGUUGUUGUUGUGGAUGAUCGUGGUAGAGCCACGGGAAAAGGUUUUGUGGAAUUUGCAGCAAAACCUCCUGCACGAAAGGCUCUGGAAAGAUGUGGUGAUGGGGCGUUCUUGCUAACAACGACCCCUCGUCCGGUCAUUGUGGAGCCCAUGGAACAGUUUGAUGAUGAAGAUGGUUUGCCAGAGAAACUAAUGCAGAAAACUCAGCAGUAUCAUAAGGAAAGAGAACAGCCACCACGUUUUGCUCAGCCUGGGACAUUUGAAUUUGAGUAUGCAUCUCGAUGGAAGGCUCUGGAUGAAAUGGAGAAGCAGCAGCGCGAGCAGGUUGACAGAAACAUCCGAGAAGCCAAAGAGAAACUGGAGGCGGAGAUGGAAGCAGCCCGGCACGAGCACCAGCUGAUGCUCAUGCGGCAAGAUUUAAUGAGGCGUCAAGAGGAACUCAGACGUUUGGAAGAACUCAGAAAUCAAGAGCUACAAAAACGAAAGCAAAUACAGCUGAGGCAUGAGGAAGAGCACCGUCGUCGUGAAGAGGAAAUGAUCCGACACAGAGAACAGGAGGAGCUGAGGCGACAGCAGGAGGGCUUUAAGCCAAACUAUAUGGAAAAUUGUUUUUAGAAGGCCUAUUGAGCAGAAUGCCUCAUAUCCUAGAACCUUGAUUCUUGGUUCUGAAGAAUCCAGAUUAGUGUCCUGAAUGUUCAUUCGUAGUCAUGGUUAUAAGUCAGAGCAGAAGUUAUGGGAAGAGCUGAUACAGCGUCACAGCCACAUUGCUGAUGUCUUGGAGUGGUCAAGUCUCUUUUUUUCAGUCAGUUGAGGCAAAUCCUUUGAUCCGGAUUGCCACAUUUGGCCUUUGUUUAAUUUUAUUCCAGUCCCUUCCUGCUUCUUGUGUGGGUAUUGUUUCUCUUUAUCAUUAUCCCUUGAUUUAAUUAUAACCUCCCCCCCUCUCCCACCAAACAGUCCCCUGUUUUCCCUGUAUAAAACUCAACAGAAAUUCUAGCCAGUAAUAAAGUUUCAUUAAUAGGUGCUGGCAGAGCCAACUUGUCACUUAGUAAUGAGUAGGUCCAAAUACAUUUUCUUAAAUGGCUUUUGAGUUUUUGAGAGAAGCUGCCAAAAUUUGGUGGUUUUCUCAUGGCUAUUCUCUUUUUUUCAGUAAAUUAUUUAGUUCUAACAAGUGAUUUGGUUGUAUUGCAGAAGAAAAUUGCAUUAUUUUGGAAGGGUUAAGUAACUGAUACAUUUCAUAGGAUGACACUUUUCAUCAUCCUAUGGAAAUAAGAAGAGUUAUUUGGUGUAGGGUUUGGUGUCAGAUUUAGGUGUGGGAAGGUCAUUGCCAAUUGCUGGUAUAAUGGAAGCCCACUUCUGAUGGUUUGGACCUGAUGGUGAAAAUUAAAAUGGAUAAUAGGUUUGUUGCAGUGGUCUUUCAUAGGAUGCACUAGUUGUGACCAUUUUUUGUUGUUAAUAUGGUUUCAUUUAUUUAUUAAAAUAAUUUAAUUGAUUUAUUACGGUGAGCCAAGAAUUUUUCUGAAUAUUUUAGGAUGGUACAUAGACUUUAUAAUCAAAUAAAAGCAAAGAUAACAUUUUUAUAAUGUUAGUUAACAUAGACUCUAGAUGAUCUUUAGAGUUUUGAUGAUUUGUGUAAUUUGGGUUGAAGAUAUAAUACCAUUUUAACCAGCUGUUAAAUCUUUGAUCACGUCUCAAAAGGAUUUAUUUAUUUAUUUUAAUAAUAUCUAAUUAUUUGUAGGGAAAACUUUAAAGUUUUUAUCCAGACUAGGACAAGUGAAUAUGAGUACUAGGUAAAAUUUUCUCUCUUUUUAUUUUUUUUUAAACAGCAGGUAUACAAUAAGCCAUCUUAGGCAAAUCAAGUUGUGUUUGUGGUCACCCUUGUUCCCUUGUUAUGAUUAUGAACAGCAUUUUCCCCCCUCUGUUUUAUCAUUCAUAUUUUGAAAUCUUUUGAAUGAAUCCAGAUGGAAGUGGUUUGAUUCUUUACACACUUCACUUCAUCAGAGAACAGUUUGUUAGACUUAAUUAUCUCUGUGUCAUAUUAGAUGACUUCUUUGACCUUACCUUCCAUUAUAGUCUCAAAGAGGCUUAUUUUCCACAGAAACUUCCAUAUCCCUUUUUCCCUCAUGGAGAAUGUGUGUGCUCAGCACAUAUAUAAUCUCUGACUACUCACCCCAGCUGUGAUCCUGGAUCAUUUUUAAUAUGAUUUUUAGUACUUACAUUGCCUUCUAAUUAUUUUCUGACAUUUUUGUUCAGUAGUUGACCUCUCGAGGUCAUUUUGUGUUUGUUAUCUUAUAGUUACUUAAAUGUAAACUGGGAGGGUUAAAUAGUUGUCUUUCAGACUACAGCAAGCAGCUCAAUCACAUGGUUUUGAGUGUUCUUUAAGAGCCACCAAACCUCAGUAUUUUUAUUGAAUACUAAAGUCUCAGAUGUUCAUCAUCAGUAGUUUUGAAACAUAGGUGGCAUUGAGACGUAGCUGUUGAUGUAUUUUUGUAGUGUUCAUAAUGGUAUCACAUAGUGAAGAGUAAAAUAGCCAUUUUCUAUGCUUAGUUUUCACACAUAUAACUUUUUAGUAGGCGCAUUCCACUUGUAUAUCCCUUCAAGAUUGUUAGACUUACAGGAAGACUGAAGAUUUCCUUUAGUAAGGAAAUUUUGUUCACUGUUUUUCCUGUGUUUAUAAUAGUCCUGAGCUUUGUAGAGGAUACAGAAAGAAAUCAAGCCUAGGGUCACACACAUCUUUGAGGAUUUUAGAGUAUUUUAGGUACACAGGACCUAUGUAGAGUAGGUUAAGAGACACAGCUAAAAAAAGUUCUGAAAGUUUAGAGAAAUUUGCCUUCUUGAGAAAGAGUGUGUAGUCUCUGCACUGUUGAGGGGCUAUAUUGGGUGUAUUUUAAAAGCUAAUGUGAUUGGUUUAUUAUUCUGCUGUGUUGUAGGUAUAUUUGAAAUGGUAGGUUCUUCUCAUCUUACUUGGUUCAGAAUGGUAAGCACUUUAGCUAAUGUUUAUCUUUUUAAGAGAGGCUGGAGAAGAGAGCUUACUUGUAUUUGCUAAUACAAGUGAACUAGAGUGAACACAGAUUUUGAAAUGUCCACUAUGUGCAGUGUAAAUAACAGGAGUUUUGUUCAAUUAUUAAGUAGCUUGAAAUCAUAACAAAACAUUUUAUGAAGGCAUAAAAACUUGUUACUUCUCCCUUGUGACUUCUUAUAACAUUUAGAACCUGUUACAGGAGUUAUCCUACGAGAUAACUAUGUGAAAAAAAUUUUUUUAAGGCCAAUCAGUAUUUUGUAUAUUCUGUACUUUGUAUUGAAGCUUUGUAGUAUCACCUGAAAUGUCAGAAUUUUUUACCAGAUCAAAUGAGAUAAAUGUGAAUGUCAGUA